GCUGGCUUCGGAUACUGAAAAUGCAGUGGCUAGUAAUUGGCAUUUCGGGUGUUACAUGUGGCGGCAAAACUACACUUGCUCGUAGUUUACGUGAUUACUUUACAAGUCAACGUAAUUCGCCGCUCUGGAAUACUUCAUUUAUUAUUAAUGAUGUACAAUUGAUAUCGCAAGACGAUUACUUUCUACCAGUUGACGAUUUACGGCAUAAAUGGGUAGAGAAGUUAAAUGUUAUCAAUUUUGAAUUGCUCUCGUCAUUGGACAUGAAGCAGAUGCUCUCAGACAUUACUUGGACAAUGAAGGGACGUUACUUGGCUGGCGAUCCUGUGGAAAAUAUUAAUAACGUUACUGAUAUAUCGGCGCAAAAUUGUGCUGGCAGCAGUAAUUUGGAUCGUUAUACUACGCAGUCGAAGCCGUCCUAUCACAAUAACUAUGGCGCCGGCCAACACAGUCAGCAUGUUUGUAAAAUGUUACUAAAUCAUAAACUACCGCAUCACUAUCAUACGAUUAACAACUCUCAAGCGGCACACAUAAUGCGCAUUAACUCUCAACUGCCUGGGCAAUUGGGAGAUACCAGAAUCAAUAUUUUAUUGAUUGAAGGAUUCAUCAUUUUCAAUCAACCCGAGCUCUUAACGUUAUGUAAUGUUAAAUUCCAUUUUCAUUUGCCAUACGAAAAAUGUUUCGAACGUCGACGCAAACGAACCUACGAUCCGCCCGACGUUACUGGCUACUUUGAAAUUUGCGUAUGGCCGCAUUAUGAGAAGAGCUUUACUGAGUUCAGGGAUCGAAAAGAUAUAAUCAUUCUGAAUGGUGAAGUUGAUAAGGACAAAAUUUUCAAAUAUGCCUUACGACGCAUAUUCCAAUACGUCGAAGAGCGCUGCGACGGCGCUUGCCCGCCGCCCCAUAAACUCUUGGGCAUUCCUAGUUUUAACAGUAAUGGCAAUGUGACAGCUAUGAAGACAACAUGCCCCAUGGAGCAGCAAUAAAUAAAGUGUACAACACGUACUUGAAAAUUAAUUAUUAAUUAAUAACUAAAAUUCGAAAAGCACCUGCUGUAUAUAAAUACGUUUACAUGUACAAUAACAAUAGAAUUGCUUUAUAUUUAUUUUCUUAGAUAUAAGCCAGAUUCCAGAAGCUAAUAAACUUUUUAAAAAAAACGAAAAU